CCGUGUAAUGAUAUCCGUUCGGCCAUUGAGAAAAAAAAUGUAGCACCAAAACACAGGUGCUCGAAAAUGUUAUCUUAUUAUGUUUUAGCCUGUUUGUUUCUUACUAUCACUUUUAGCGAUGUCACAACAGGCUUGAAGUGCUACUGCGCAGAAUGUAUUCACACCAACCAGACAUGUGAAACGGAUGGGGUGUGUCUCACUAUUAGGUCAAUAAGAACAGAUGGGACAGAAAAGAUAAGAUACAGGUGUAGCAUUGAAAGUGAUAAUCUUCCACGUAUUCCAAACCAUGACAUCUUGGAUUGUUUGAAUACCAAACUCCGUGGAGAUUCCUCCAGUAAACUCUGCUGUAAUGAUGAAGAUUACUGCAAUAAACUUCUGCGACCUACAUUUGCCCCACCCACAACCCAUACUCCCACGUUCAGAGAGAACCCUGAACCCAGGCUGACCUUUGGGACGUGGGAGUUAGUCUCUCUGAUAGCGGGGCCGGUAAUUGUGGUCUCCAUCUUAUUUGUCAUAUGUUUCCUCUCCUAUCGCCAGUGCCAGCAUCAGGGCUACUGUCUCUCCCCCAAAGCCAUGAUAGAUGGACCAAGUGAGACCCAGCCCUUCAUGCAACCUGGCCAAAACACAGACACACUGAGAGAAAUGAUCAUGGAGUAUUCAGGCUCUGGUUCAGGCCUUCCCCUACUUGUCCAGAGAACCAUUGCCAGACAAAUUCAGUUGGUGGAGAUCAUUGGAAAGGGUCGUUACGGUGAAGUUUGGCGAGGGCGCUGGAGGGCAGAAAACGUAGCCGUAAAAAUCUUCUCUUCUCGCGAGGAGAGAUCAUGGAUACGAGAGGCCGAGAUUUAUCAGACAGUCAUGCUUAGGCAUGAAAAUAUUUUGGGAUUCAUUGCAGCAGAUAACAAGGAUAAUGGCACAUGGACCCAGUUAUGGUUGAUAACAGAUUACCACGCCAAUGGUUCUUUGUUUGAUUACCUAAACAGAACAGUGUUGUCCACCACACAGAUGAUCAGACUGGCUAUGUCUGCUGCAUGUGGGCUUGCGCAUCUCCACAUGGAUAUUGUGGGCACAGAAAUUCAUGCUGGGAAACCAGCUAUUGCACACAGAGACUUGAAAAGUAAAAACAUUCUGGUCAGGAAUGAUGGGGUCAGUUGUUGCAUAGCAGAUCUGGGUUUGGCUGUCCGACAUGACCCUGUAACGGAUGCAGUGGAUAUUGCUCCAAAUAACAGGGUGGGGACCAAGCGUUACAUGGCCCCGGAGGUUUUAAAUGAUACGAUCAACAUGAAUCAGUUUGAUUCCUUCAAGAGAGCUGAUGUGUAUUCGUUUGGACUGGUGCUAUGGGAACUCACUCGUCGAUGUUCAGUAGGAGGUAUAGUAGAGGACUAUCAGUUGCCAUUUUAUGAUAUUGUGCCCUCGGAUCCCAGUCUUGAGGACAUGAAGAAGGUGGUGUGUGACGACCGCCAGAGGCCAGGGAUUCCCAACAGAUGGCAGACUGUAGAGAGUUUAAAAGUCAUGUCACGGUUGAUGAGAGAAUGUUGGUAUCACAAUCCUGCCGCUCGAUUGACAACUCUGCGCAUUAAGAAAUCACUGGAUAAUCUGGCAAAGUCCGAAGACAUGAAAAUCUGAUACCAAAAAUUACCCAAAAAACACUUAUAAGUGGCCAUGACUUUGGUAUGACUGCAAUCUGUUAGUGAACUUAAAGUACAUGUAGAACAUGUAUGAUUGAUGCUGGGCUUUCAGACUUGUGUACUUCAGUGGGAAUGACUUUGACAGCGGUCUGGGCAUUUGUGAUAUACAUGUGUGUGCGUGUGUGAUAAUAAGUGUAACGUAAAUGAGAAGUGUAGUAUGUCAAUGUUGUUUGAGAAGUCGUUGAAGUGAUUUACAUUGUUGUUUGUCAUUUGCAUUUUAAAAAUCACUUUUAGAAAGAAAGGGUUCUUUUACAUCUUUCCUUUUACACGAAUUGUUGAUGUGUUUUUAUUUAAAAAUGUGAUUUUAGUCUCUUAAAUCUAACUUUAUUCAUUUUACUGUCUAUACUUAAGAAAGAUUUUAUUUUAGACAGAACAUGAUAUAUUUAGUAAUUAGUAUUUACAAAGACAACUUGAGGUUGAUGAUUUGAUGAUUGUAUUGCGACUGUUUUACAUCAUUAGAAGAGAAAGCUGCUAUUAAGUAAUCCAAACAUUGAAGGGUUUUAUCAUAGAAUUCAAAUGUAUUGUUAUUUCUAGUUCAUUUCUAUAGAGAACUGGUUAUCUUUUUGAGUGCAUGACAUUGCAUGUUGUUAGGCAAUAUUAUAUGUUGUUCACAAAUAUAAAUAUGUAAAUGGCAUUAAAACUGUUGAUAGCAGUUAGGUAGUGCUCUGUAAAACUUGUACACAAAUCAAAUGUAUAUUUUAUUUACUGUCAAUAGCUUCAUUUCUGUAAUUUUUCUCUGCUUUUUAUGCCAUUAUAAAUUCUUCAAAUCAUUUUCUUGAAAGGAUUAAGAAAAUUUUAGUUUCAUAUGAUAACUAUGUAUUUUUACAAGUAAAUCCAUUUUAUUGCCAGUUGUUGUAAAUAAUGUAGUCACAAUCAUGUGUUUUUGUCAUGGUAGAUGAAAUCAAAGUAGAUUAAAAUCUGUUUUCCUUUGUAUGUUUUUUUUAGCAUUUAGAUAUUAUGUUGAUAUGAAAUACAUGUACUUGUGUACAUGUAGAUAUGUGUAUAUUUAAAAAAAAGAAAUAUAAUGUCCCAUUUAGAGAUGUCAAAUUGGAUCAGAAUCGCAUUUUUCAUUUAAUUGAAUGUAUUGAAGUUUAUGUUAAAAAUGUUUAUAUAAGAGAAAAAAUCUGUUUUGUGUAAUGUUAAAAUUACAUGU